GGCUUUCAAUCGCAAAAUUAAAUAUUGAUUGACGAGGCUCCUCGGCUCCUCUAAAAGGUGUCGUUUUUGGUGGGACCUGAAGGUCUAGCCUUGUCUCUUCUUAAACUAGCUGCACGGCCCUUGUUCACUAAUUUCCACUUGGACCCCCCAGAUUAUUCGAUACACCUACGGCCGAAGUCGCGUCUGAGAACGUGGCUUCUACUUCUUUCUUUCUUUCUUUUUUAUUUUUUUAUUUUUCUCUUUUUUUUUUCUUUCCCCCCCGCAAUAAGCUAACCACUUCGACUGUUUACUUGAUCCCGACGGGAUGAUAACCAUUGCGAGCUUAAUUUAACAGGACCUCUUUCAACAAAGCAUGAGAGAUGUCAAGUUCCGCAACGCCUGCGCUACCUUUGCAUAAUGCUCAGGCCUCCGACUUGAGACCUCCAUCUUCAACGCCAACGGGGGUACGCUCCACCACAUCUACUUCAACAUCUACAUCAACAUACUCGCUAUUAGACCCUCAGGAAACCGCUGAACGCCUACAAACCUCUCUUACCCAUGGACUUACGCCUGCAGAAGCCGAAGUUCGGUUAAUACAAGAUGGACCUAACGAAUUGCCGCACGAAGAACCGGAGCCCCUGUGGCUCCGGUUCCUCAAACAAUUCCGGGAGACCUUGAUUCUACUUCUUCUGGCGUCGGCAGCAAUCUCUUUCUUUAUGGGCAAUUUCGAUGAUGCAGUCAGCAUCACUCUCGCGGUCACUAUUGUUGUAACAGUUGGAUUUGUUCAAGAGUACCGAUCGGAAAAAUCCCUGGAGGCAUUGAGCCGCCUGGUACCACAUCAUGCGCAUUUGAUCCGCGAUGUUCCUCUCCCGAACACCCCUCCUAUUGGAAGUUCAAUAUCACCAUUUACUAGUGCAGAGUUCGAGCUACAGGAACUCAAAAACAGGAGUCCAGACUCAGUUUCCGCUGCUGUCAAGGCCUCCACUACUGUUCCGGCCAGUGAGCUAGUUCCUGGUGACUUGGUUCUGUUUACAGUUGGAGACCGCAUACCGGCGGACAUACGCAUUACCACAGCUACUGAUCUGACCAUCGAUGAGUCAAACCUGACUGGCGAGAACGAACCCGUUGCGAAAUCGCCUAACGCAAUUCGCGGCCCAAAGAGUCAAGCCACAUACUCACACAAGAUCAUCACCCCCCCCCGGUCUCCGUUCUAUGAUGCCCCGGCCAGUGGCGCUGUGGGGGCUGACAUCCGCUUAAAUGAGCAGCACAACAUUGCCUUUAUGGGGACGUUGGUUCGGUCAGGAUAUGGACAAGGUGUUGUCAUAGGGACGGGUGCGAAGACUGAGUUUGGCAGUAUCUCUGCUUCACUGCAGGAGAUUGAGAGUCCUCGAACGCCACUUCAACUGUCAAUGGAUCGUCUGGGUCAAGAAUUAAGUUACGUCUCAUUUGGCGUGAUCGGGUUGAUUGUAGUGAUAGGGUUGAUACAGGGCCGAAAGCUUCUCGAUAUGUUCACUAUUGGCGUUUCUCUCGCAGUCGCUGCCAUUCCGGAAGGCCUUCCUAUUAUCGUGACGGUUACGCUUGCUUUGGGCGUGUUGCGCAUGGCCAAGAGGGGGGCCAUCAUGCGAAGACUCCCCAGCGUCGAGACCUUGGGUUCUGUAAAUGUUGUCUGCAGUGAUAAGACAGGAACUCUCACGCUCAAUCAUAUGACAGUCACAAAAAUGUGGCACUUCGACUGUCCUGAGCCAUUCGAGGUUCACAACGAUAUCAGUUCACUGACCCCUGGGCCUGCAGCCCGAACUGUUCUUCGGGUCGGUAAUAUUGCCAAUAAUGCCAGGCUUUCGCGCGUGCAUGCAAAUUCACCUGCCACUGCGUCUUCUGCUGCGGUAUUAUCUUCCACUGAUGAUAGGGCUCCCGGGACCAUUAGGAGUAGGUGGGUUGGCCAACCCACUGACGUUGCUAUCCUCGAUUUGUUAGACACUUUUGGGGAGGAUGAUGUGCGCGAUCGUAUUAGCACCCGCGUCGCCGAGACUCCUUUCAGCUCUGAGCGCAAGUGGAUGGGUGUGGUCAUUGGCAGUGGCACUGGCGAGUCAAGUAACAUGGCCUACAUCAAGGGUGCUCUCGAGCAAGUUCUGAAACGUUGUGAUACAUAUUUGACAAAAGAUGGACGUGAAGUUAUAUUGGAUGAGCCGCGACGUGAAACAGUGAGACAGGCCGCUGAGCAUAUGGCGUCAGAGGGUCUAAGAGUGUUGGCUUUCGCCAGUGGACCAGUGAGAGACACAUCAAGAGGUAGACCUUUUGGAAGUAGAACAAGCACUCCGGUUGCUAGAACUACCCCGGGCGAGGAGGAUGAUCGAUAUAGUGGACUGGUCUUUUCAGGACUUGUAGGGAUGAACGAUCCUCCCCGCAAGGAUGUUCACAAGUCCAUCAGACGCCUUAUGGCUGGGGGUGUACGCAUUAUCAUGAUUACGGGAGACGCAGAGACUACGGCAGUUGCAAUUGCAAAGAAAUUGGGCAUGCCGGUUAGUGGUGUUGCCGGGUCGCAUCCUGUCAUAACCGGUGAGGAGAUCGAUCGUAUGAGCACCACAGAGCUGGCACAAGCCUUGUCCUCCACGUCUAUCUUCGCUCGUACGAGCCCAGACCACAAGAUGAAAAUCGUACGUGCCUUGCAGUCCCGAGGAGAUGUUGUGGCCAUGACAGGCGAUGGUGUGAAUGAUGCACCGGCCCUAAAGAAAGCAGACAUUGGCAUCUCGAUGGGUAAACUGGGCACAGAUGUUGCCAAGGAGGCAGCAGAUAUGAUCUUGACGGACGAUGACUUUUCAACAAUACUUCGAGCCAUUGAGCAGGGCAAGGGGAUCUUUUACAAUAUUCAGAACUUCAUUACAUUCCAGCUCAGCACCAGCGUUGCGGCGUUAAGUCUUGUGCUAUUGAGCACUACUCUUGGCUUCAAGAACCCACUGAAUCCCAUGCAGAUCUUAUGGAUCAAUAUACUCAUGGAUGGGCCCCCGGCGCAGUCCUUGGGUGUGGAGCCUGUUGAUCCGUCGAUUAUGUCACGGCCCCCGCGACCCAGAACGGCGCGAGUGCUAACGAAGCCGCUCAUCCAACGAGUACUUACUUCCGCAUUGAUGAUCAUGCUAGGCACACUUGCCAUUUACGUAUAUGAAAUGGGCGAUGUCGAUGAUGAGCUCAACCCAGGUAAACGCUCCCGUGUCGUAACCGCUCACGACACAACCAUGACCUUCACCUGUUUUGUGUUAUUCGACAUGUUCAACGCCCUGACAUGCCGCAGCGAGGGCAAAUCUGUGCUCCGGGGCGAGAUCUCUCUGUUCGGAAACAAAAUGUUCAAUUAUGCCGUUCUUGGGUCACUUGCCGGGCAGGCUUGUGUGAUUUAUUUGCCAUUCCUACAGCGAGUCUUCCAGACGGAGCCACUCAACCUGGCUCAUCUAUUUAAGUUACUGUGUAUCUCGAGCACGGUGUUUUGGGUGGAUGAAGCCCGAAAAUACUACCACUCAAUAAAGCGGCGACAGGCCGUUGGAGUGGGGUACAGUGUGAAUGUCUAGAUGUGGCUUGGUAUGGGUUUUGCAUCUGUUGUAUAGAGGAGGCCAUAUAGAGAAUUAUUGGUUUUUACCUACCAGACCAUACCUACGUAAGCAAUUAAUGUAGGUGGGUGGGAACAGGGGACCUUGUGCACGCGUGCGUUAAGGGAAAUUUGUUUCAACAGAUGAUGAAUGCAAGGGAUGGAAAUGGGGGAGGAGAGAGAAACAAGGGGAAAAG